AUGCCUUCAGGCCAACAUAUUCCCGAAAGCGAGAUGUUCUCGUGCUUCACCGAUACCCACGGCGUUAUCACAAGCACCAUGAACGACAUCCCAGGCUAUAAAGUCAACCAAGUGCUCGGCACAGUCUACGGCCUGACGGUGCGCUCGCGCAAUUGGGGCGCUGGACUAGGCGGAAUUGCGCGCUCGGUGGUCGGCGGCGAGAUACGUGUAUUUACGAAGAUGCUCUAUACAGCUCGCAACGAAGCGGUGGAGCGUAUGGUGGGCGAGUGCAUGUCUCGAGGAGGGAAUGCGCUGGUGGCGGUGAGGUUUGAUGUGGUUGAUAUGGGAGGAUUUUCGCAGAUAUCAACAACAACAAAAACCAUGUCCAAACUCAAACCCCAAACCCACCUCCUCAACCUCCCCGUCGAAAUCCAGCUCUGCAUAAUGACGCAUCUCUACAGCAUCUACACGCUCAAAAACCUCCUCGACGCAUUCCCCCACGAAUUAUACCCCAUUUUCCAACCCUAUGCGAAAUCCAUUCUCAACGCCAUCUUCUGGCGACCCAUGCGGCGGUACGCAAUAAACGACGAACGCGGCGUUGUAUAUCGAUGGAUGCUGAGGGAGUUACAAUUUGAGCAUUUGGUGGAUGAUGAUCAAGACGAGCAUACUACCGCGACGAUUGCCACUGCGUCACUACCACCGGUGAAAUACCAGAGCAGAACAAGGCCAAUCUUGUGCGAUGAUAACGAUAUUGAUUGA